UAAUUAACAUAAUUAAUAUGCAGGCCUGUGCCCUUAGCUGUUUUCUGAGACAGACGAAGGUGUUUCUUUCUGCAAUGUACUAAAAAAAUAUAGCCAGACUAAAUGGAAACAAUUCACUUGGGUGCUUUUGCAUUUGUCAGGGGUGCAUAAAUGGAAUCUGGCUUUGAGGAUCUUGAACUGAGAGAAUCUCAGAGAGAGUAUCUGGACUUUCUGGAUGAUGAUCAAGACCAGGGUAUCUAUCAUGAAAAGGUAAGAAGUAUGGUGUCUGAGGGUCAGUGUCGCCUCAUUGUAAACGUCAAUGACCUGCGUCGGAAAAGUGAAAAAAGAGCAAAAGAAUUACUGAAGAAUGCUUUUGUUGAGCUGGUGGCGUUUCAGAGAGCCCUGAAGGAUCUUGUGGCUUCAAUAGAUGCCACUUAUGCAAAACAGUUUGAAGAGUUUCAUGUUGGUUUUGAGGGAAGCUUCGGGAGCAAACAUGUCUCUCCUCGAACUCUAAGUGCACGUUUUCUGGGGAAUCUUGUGUGCGUGGAGGGCAUUGUGACCAAAUGUUCCUUGGUGAGGCCCAAGAUUAUGCGUAGCGUCCACUAUUGUCCAGCCACAAAGAAAACCCUGGAGAGAAAAUACACAGAUCUCACCUCAUUGGAUGCUUUUCCUUCCAGUGCCAUUUAUCCAACCAAAGAUGAAGAGAACAAUCCACUGGAGACAGAGUUUGGACUUUGCUGCUAUAAAGACCACCAGACACUCACCAUUCAGGAGAUGCCGGAAAAAGCCCCUGCUGGACAGCUGCCACGUUCGGUCGACAUCAUCGCAAACGAUGACCUCGUCGACAAAGUUAAACCAGGUGAUCGUGUGCAGAUCGUAGGGGUCUACCGUUGCCUACCUGCAAAACAGGGCGGCUUCACUUCGGGAACCUUCAGAACGAUCCUGUUGGCUAAUAAUGUGAAGCUUAUGAGUAAGGAGAUUGUGCCAACAUUCUCUGCAGAUGAUGUUGCCAAGAUCAAGAAGUUUUGCAAAACUCAUUCUAAAAAUGUGUUUGAGCAGCUGAGCAACUCUUUGGCUCCCAGCAUCCAUGGCCAUGAGUACAUAAAGAAGGCAAUUCUGUGUCUACUGUUGGGUGGCAAUGAGACCAAUUUGGAGAAUGGCACGCGCAUCCGAGGAGACAUUAAUAUUUUGCUAAUAGGUGAUCCCUCAGUUGCGAAAUCUCAGUUGCUGCGAUAUGUUUUGUUCACGGCACCAAGAGCGAUUCCCACCACAGGUCGAGGCUCAUCUGGAGUGGGUUUGACGGCUGCCGUCACCACUGACCAGGAGACGGGUGAGCGUCGCUUGGAGGCGGGAGCCAUGGUGCUUGCUGACAGAGGAGUGGUAUGCAUUGAUGAAUUCGAUAAGAUGUCUGACAUGGACCGAACAGCCAUCCAUGAAGUGAUGGAGCAGGGCAGGGUCACCAUUUCCAAGGCUGGGAUUCAGGCAAGGCUUAACGCUCGCUGCAGUGUGUUAGCUGCUGCUAACCCAGUGUAUGGACGGUAUGACCAGUAUAAAACUCCAAUGGAGAACAUCGGGCUCCAGGAUUCCCUGCUCUCCCGUUUUGACCUGCUUUUUAUUGUUCUGGAUCAGAUGGAUCCGGAUAGCGAUCGGGAGAUCUCGGAGCAUGUGCUGCGUAUGCACCGGUAUCGAGCACCUGGAGAGCCAGAAGGGACAGCGAUGCCAUUGGGAAGUACAGUGGAUGUGUUUGCCACAGAGGAUCCAAACAUCACAGAGGCAGCUGAACAGGAACUACAGAUCUAUGAGAAGAAAGACAAUGUCCUCCAUGGCCACAGGAAGAAAAAGGAGAAGGUAGUCACCAUGGAGUUCAUCCGGAAGUACAUCCAUGUUGCUAAGCUGGUGAAGCCAGUUUUGACCCAAGAGGCAUCGGACUACAUAGCAGAGGAGUAUUCCAGACUCAGAAGUCAUGACCAAGUCAACAGUGAUUCAGCCAGGACGAUGCCUGUGACAGCUCGAGCUCUGGAGACCAUGAUCCGAUUGGCUACGGCUCACGCCAAAGCCCGGAUGAGUAAAACAACUGACCUGGGAGAUGCAGAAGCCGCACUGGAACUCAUGCAGUUUGCUUAUUUCAAAAAGAUAUUGGAAAAGGAUAAGAAGAGGAAAGUUCCUGAGGACUCAGAAAUGGAUGUUACUCAAAGCCAGGAGACAGAAAGUCAAAGAAAUGUUCGGAAGCGCUCUCGCAUCUCUAAAGAUGAUGAUGUGGAAAUGACCCAAGAUGCAGAGGACUCAGACCCUUAUGACUUCACAGAUGAUGAAAACACUCAGACCAGUCAGAAGAGCAGGCCAGCAUCUCAAAGGACCAGUCAGAGGAAGAAAGGUGACAUCAGCUCGGACAGAAUGAAAGUCUUUAAGACUGCUCUACUGAAGGCAUUUAAAGUCACCAGGUCUCAAUCUGUGGCAGUGCCUGAGCUUCUGGCUCACAUUAAUAAAGGCCAGGAUGAGGAGUUUGACCAGAAUGAGGUUAAUCUACUGCUUGAACGCAUGCAGGAUGACAACCAGGUCAUGGUAUCGGAGAACGUGGUGUUUCUUAUCUGAGGGAGGAGCGAAUGUCAACACAGUGUAACAAAGUUGCAAAACACGGAUCACAUUACUUUUGAUAUUACAGCACUUAUUACAAAUGACCAAUAAACUGUGCUAGCAUCAA